AACGUCCUUCAGGUCCUUGACCAUGUUGGGGUGCAGCUGACCGAUGCCAUAGAACAAAAAGAAGAACUUUGCCAGAAUAUACUUAUAAUCCUCCUGUCCAUCAUGUGGAAAGGUAUUGAGGGCUCCAGCAAGGAGAUAUGGAAGGUAGGUAACAUCUCUGUCAUUCAAUUUGUAAGAUUAUCCCCACCCUCUCUCCCCCCUGGGAGAGUUGUACUUCAGUAUGUGAGCUUAGAGAGUCCUGUAAAAUAAUAGACUUAUUUUUAUGUUUGUCCCCCAGAAUAGAUGUCAGGUGCUUACCUGGGUAUUUGAGCUUGGAGAGUUCUGUGAGAUAAUGGCUUAUUAUUAACUGUUGAUCCUCAGGAGAGAUGUCAGGUGUUUACCUGGAUAGAUGAGCUCAGGGAGUCCCAUGAGCCAAUCCGGCCCCCUGAGGAGAUCAAGAGACGUCUCCUCGAGAUGAUGCUGCACAACUGUAUGAUGGACAUUGGCAGCUCCGGUGUCCAGACUCCACUGGCCCUCUCAGAAAAUGCCAUCGAACUCAUCCGCCUGGUGCAGGGCUUUGUCACCAAGCCUGAUGCCCCCCCUGAGGCUUACUCUAACAGAGUAAGUCCCUGUGAGCUGUUGAGUUUGUUUCAGUAA